AUGGUAAAAACGAUCAUUCACUCUGAACAAGAAAUUAAUCAUCCUCCUGAUUCAAAAUACAUUGAAAGGAAUUUGGAAGCUAUUGUGCCAGAAGAUAGUGUUCAAAUCACAUUUGCAACUUACCCUGGAGCAAUAGAUUGCAUAAAAAACCUUUCAACAUUAAGCUGUAAUUCAGAUAUUUAUCCCGAAUUUUUUUAUCAACUAUCUCAAAUGUGUCAUAACAUCCAAUCACUUGGGAUACAAUUUAGGAGUGACAUUUCGAACGGGUUAGCGGACCUAAUUUCCGUUCAACAAAAUUUAAAGUACUUGACCAUCCACCAAUCAUACAAGUGUUUAUCGUAUAUAGUCCCUUUAUUGACCAAACAUUCAACCACCUUAAUAAGAUUACAGAUUAAUGGGACGGGGAAUUAUGAAUCAUUGUUAUUCAUUACUAAUUUCAUAAAUUUACGAGAGCUCAUACUAUCAUUUGAUUACGAAUACGUUUUUGAAGAUUUUCGAACAUUACAAGAUGUUACCUUUCCACGUUUACGUAUUUUAAAAUUUCCGAAUAAAUGUCCGAAUCAUGAAUACUUGAUUAAAUUUUUGGAGAACAAUGGAAAGAAUUUAGAAGAGUUUGAUAUUGACAUUACCGAUAAUUCAUUAAAUUUAGCCAUCGCUAAAUUUUGUCCAAAUUUGAAAUCAUUAUUCACAACAUUUUUGGAUGAUGAAGUCGAAACGUUGAAAACGAUUUUGCACAGUUGUCAACGACUGGAAAUCAUUAAAGUUUGGUGUGGCGUUUGGCUUAGAGAAUACUAUUUAGAUGAAAUAGAGUUGUUUGACGUUGUUGCAAGACAUUCCCCUAGAAAUUUUUGCGAGUUAAGGUUAUGUUAUCCAUACAAUGUACAAUUUGAAAUACCUUCGGUUGAAUUGGAAACCUUUUUUCAACGUUGGAAGGAUCGUACGCCACGAAAAUCACUUUCUUUUAUGAUCGUGGGAUAUAUUUUAGAGGUUAAGGAAGAAAUCAUGAAAGUGAUUGAAGAAUAUAUUAAAUUAGUCGCUUGUCUUCCUACUAAAUCGAAAGAAGUUUUGUACAAGAAUGAAAUCGUUAUCCAAUUCCCUUAUCCUAAAUCCCCUCUAUUCAAUUAUGUAUCGUUCCUCAGACGUAUUUCGAUUGAUGAAAUCGACAGAAAGAUUGCGAGUAUUCUUAGAAACAAACACCCCGUUACUUCACGAAGUGUGGUCAUGCAAGAAGUAUUUAAAAUGAUCAUGAAACAAAUUUAUUUGAAAGAACUAAGCGUUUACUUUAGCUCAGACUACAUUUCGAAUAUACCAUUCACCACUUAUCCUGGAGCGACGGAAUGUCUAAAAGAUCUCACGGUGUUGGGCUUUAGUUCGUUUUAUUCCGAAUUUUUUCAUCGAAUAUCAUUACUAAGUCAUAACAUACAAUCACUCACGAUAAGGGUUGAAAGUGAUAUUACAGACGGGUUGGCGAAUUUGAUUUCCUCUCAACAGAAUCUUACGUGCUUGAGCAUCUUUUAUGAUGAUAAUUAUAUGAUAGACAUAGCAGAUAUCAUUUCAUCGGCAAUCAACCUUCCCGAAAAUUUAACCGUGUUAAACCUUUAUGGGGAGUAUUAUUAUAGAACGGUGUUAUUUAUCUCCAAAUUUACAAAUUUACGAGAACUCUUAUUAUCUUUUGAUUCUGGAUAUACUUUUGAGGAUUUUGAAGAAUUACAACACGUCGUCUUUCCAAAAUUGCGCGUUUUAAAAUUUCCGAAUAAAUGUCCGGCAUCAGAUUACUUGACCAAAUUCUUGGAGAACAAUGGAAAGAAUUUGGAAGAAUUUUACAUUGAUACGAAUAAUUCAUUAAAUUUGGCCAUCGCAAAAUUUUGUCCAAACAUGAAAUCAUUAUUCACCACAUUUCUGGAUGGUGAAGUCGAGACGUUAAGGUUAAUCUUGAAUAAUUGUCGACAACUAGAAAGUAUUAAAGUUUGGUGUGGGAUUUGGUUCUCGGAAAAUUAUUUAAAUGAGAAGGAUUUAUUUGAUGUGAUUGCGAAAUAUUCACCAAAAAAGUUAUUCGAGUUAAGGUUGUGUUAUCCUUAUGAUACGAAAACCGAAUCAUUUUCUGAUGAUUUAUUAGAAAACUUUUUUAUAAAUUGGUCGAAACGUGUACCACGAGUAACCCUUUCUUUUGUUAUAGUAGG